AUGGAUACCUGGGUGGACGUUAAAAAAUGUAGUGCUCUACUGGGAAGUCCUGCUGUGGCUUCUCCUGCGUCAAUACAUCCACAAGUGCGUCUCAUUGUGGGUCGUGUGAUGUCGCGUGCACAGGACCAUCACCAGCAUGCUGCUCAGGGCACUGCUCAGAUACUAGCUCAGAUCCAAAUCACUGCGGAAAUUGCUCAACGUCGUGCCCAUCUGUUCCUGAAUCCAUCCACAUUUAUCGUAGGGCAAUCUCCAGAAGGGCUUGCAUUGGGCGAUUUCAAUGGGGACGGCCAUCUUGACGUGGUGACCGCAAAUUACAACGGGCAAUCAGUGAGCCUCUUAUUAGGGACUGGAUCUGGGACCUUUCAACCACAGCGUGUAUUUGGCAUCCCCGGGACCGGCCUAAGGUGUGUUGCGGUAGGUGAUUUCAACGAAGACGGCUCGCUGGAUUUUGUUGUGGCAGCUCAGAAUAACAGCACAGUCAUUUUGAUGUUUGGAACUGGAACUGGGAAUUUCCUGACUCAAAGUGUAUUCCCCGUUGCAAACGGACCCAGAGAUAUUAAAGUAGGUGACUUCAAUGAAGAUGGCCAUCUUGACAUUGCCAUUGCAGAUGCCGGUGUCCGUAAGGUCAGCGUCCUGCUCGGUACUGGGACAGGGUCCUUUCAGACGGAGAGGACAUUCAAUGUGGGAAUCAGCCCAACCAGCCUUGCAGUUGGUGACUUCAAUGAGGAUGGUCACCUUGAUAUCAUAGAUGUGGAUGGAUCUGAUUUCACCAUCAGUGUUCUGCUUGGAACGGGAUUAGGGACCUUCCAACCGCGGACCGUGUUCCCCGUAGGUGUACUUCCAAUUGGUAUCGCAACGGGUGAUUUCAACGCAGAUGGUCAUUUGGAUAUUGCGGUUGCGAAUUCAGGUGACAACACCGUGAGCAUCUUGCUCGGCACGGGAUCAGGAAGCUUCCAGCCGCAGACUACGUUCAGCGCAGGAAACACAACUUUCGGUAUUGCAGCGGCUGAUUUCAAUAGAGAUGGAAUUCUGGACCUAGUGGUCACGGACAUAAGCUUCGGGACAGUGGAUGUAUUGCUUGGGAAUGGCGAUGGGACUUUCCGUCCUCCCUCCAUAUUUUCCGUCGCGGGAUCGACUCCCUGGCAGGUUUCAGUCGGCGACAUGAACGAAGAUGGUCUUGUUGACAUUGUGACCGUCAACCAAGGCAGCAAUACAGCAAGUGUCUUACUUGGAGCGGCUUGUCUCGUUUAG